AUGGCACUGGUAGAUGCAAGAGAUGACGAUUACACAGUAAGUUUCAUCAGAAAAUCUGUAGUAAAAGCUACCGUUACAAUUCCAGAACCUUAUGUGCUCACCCUUUCGAACCUCGACCUCCUCUCUGGACGCUUUCCAGUGACUUACUUUUACAUCUACCAUAAAGCAAAACAUAACAGCUCAUCAGCUUCCAUUGCGGAUGAGUUAAGAAAAUCCCUUGCUAAUUGCCUCUCACACUUUUACCCCUUUGCUGGUAGAAUUAUUUCAAAUACAGAGACACAUGAGCCUCAAAUUGUAUGUGAUAAUACUGGUGCUCUGUUUCUGGAAGCACAAUCGAGCAAUUCUCUAAAAGAACUUGAUUUGUAUAAUCUCAACAAGUGUUUGGAGGGGAAAUUAGUUCCAACUAAUCAGGAGUUUCCAGUACAAGUCCAACUCACAAAUUACAAAUGUGGAGGCAUAAUUAUAACAUUCACAUUUGAUCAUGCUUUAGGUGAUGCUAGUUCCUUCAGUAAGUUUCUACUGAUGUGGUCCCAAAUAGCAAGGAAAAAAUCCCUCUCUUUCUCGCCGGAUCACAGGCGAUAUCUUCUCCGUGCACGAAAUCCACCAAUUUACAACCCUUCUUUUGACGAAUCGUUCAUUUCAUGCUCCCUCCAUGAUAUACACAACAUAUCAACCCCGAGAACUCUGGUUAAGCGCCUAUACUACAUUGAUGCAUCGAGCAUCGAUAUGCUGCAGAAAAUCGUAUCAAUUGAUGGUACCAAAAGGACUAAAAUCGAGGCGUUUUCAGCUUAUAUCUGGAAGAUUAUGGUCAAGGCAAUUGAUAAAGGACACAAGAAGUGUAAGAUGGGAUGGUUAGUGGAUGGAAGAACAAGGAUAUGCACUUACAAUGAAAAAGUAACGGAGAACUAUAUCGGGAAUGCUUUAUCUAUAGCUGUUGGAGAAGCAAGUGUAAGUGAAAUUGAUCAAGCAUUGUUGUCAGAUGUUGCGAAGAAGGUGCACAAUGCUAUCUCUAAAGUGACUAGUGCAGAACAUUUCUUGGAUUUAAUUGAUUGGAUUGAAUGGAACAAGCCUGGAUUGAUGCUCUCGAAGAUUGUCCUUGGACAAGGUGGUCCGGCUAUUGUAGUUUCAUCUGGACGGAGAUUCCCGGUGGCUGAAGUAGAUUUUGGCUUCGGAAGUCCAGUUCUAGGAACGGUCUACUCCACCAUAAAAAAGCUUGGAGUCGGUUACAUCAACCAAAGGCAAGGUGCUAAGGGCGAUGGAUCAUGGACUGUCUCAGCUAUAUUGUGGCCUGACAUGAUUGAAGCAUUAGAAUCAGAUUCCAAUCAUGUUUUUCAACCUAUGACUUCAAAUCAUCUUAAACUUUAGCUAGAGGAAACUGUUAGUCAGAUAUAAUUUAUAAUCAUGCGUGAAAUAGUGGAUUGAGUAUAACCGUGUAAAUUUGCUAUUAAAAUAAUAUUACAGCUUUGUUAGGUAAUUA